UUGGUUGAUUUUUCUUCCUCAUCUUUAUCGUCUAGAUCUCACAGGAAAAGUCACAAUUAGUUCUAAAAAAAACAUGGAUUUUGGGCCAUCAGGCAGAGAAGUGUUUAGUGAAGAAGAACAGAUGGGUAAAGGUAAGCUCCCUUUUUCAUACUCUUCCUCUUCUUCUCCUUCAUCUUCUUCUUCUCAGCACAAAACCCAGUUGGCUCGUCUUAGCAACUCUCAUUGGGAGCAGCAGCAUCAUCAGAUUUACGACAGCCACCACCAAAUGAGUCCCAACUGGUUAGGCAACAGGUACGAACCUGAAGAAGAUAACGAAGAAACUGCCACGGCAACUGCAAGUGAAGCUGAUUCCAAACGCGUAGACUCAGAUUCAACCCUUGAGCUCAGGAGUAGUGCAAGUGCCAACAUCGAGAAAGAACACAUGUUCGAGAAAGUAGUCACCCCAAGCGAUGUGGGGAAACUAAAUCGGCUUGUUAUCCCAAAACAACACGCCGAGAAGCAUUUCCCCUUGAAUUCUUCCACGAACAAGAAAGGUCUUCUGUUGAAUUUCGAGGACAGAAAUGGGAAGCCGUGGAAAUUCAGGUACUCUUAUUGGAAUAGCAGCCAAAGCUAUGUUAUGACCAAAGGCUGGAGCCGUUUUGUCAAGGAUAAGAAACUUGAUGCUGGCGAUAGAGUUUCUUUCCAGAGAGGAGUUGGUGAGUUGGGUAAAGAUCGUCUUUUUAUUGAUUGGAGGCGGAGACCUGAUGCACUAGACCCGGUUUCUUUCCAUCCCCAUCAACAACAGUUCUCUUUGCACCGCUCAAUCCCAUGGAGUCCAUUGCUAAUGCGGUCACCACCAACAGGAAGAGAUCACUUGCACUUGUCACAGAUAAGUCCUCUAAACAGAAACAUCAAUUACGGUGGUUAUCCAACUGGAAGCAAUGCGGAGAAUCCAGGAGGUACAAUGGGAUCAGUAUUUUAUUUGAGAUCAGCCGUUGCUGCAGCAGCCCCACAAAUGGGAAUGAGAAUGAUGCAGUGGCAGCAGCAAGGUGGAGUUGUAGAGCCAAUUGUGUUUGAUUCGGUACCGGUGGUCCAAGGCAAAGCUGCAGCCAAGACGUUAAGGCUUUUCGGGGUGAACAUGGAUUGCCCCAUAUCGGAGUCGGAUGAGUGUGAGAUGUUAUCUACAACUACCAUAGCAAAUGCUACAAUGGCAUCGCAGCCUCCUCAACUUUCUUCAUCGUCCCAGCAUCCUUUCCAAUUAAGGCUCUACAGUGGCACCCAAGUGCCCCCCACUGGCUUUCUUAAUGCCAACAAAGGGAAGGCUUCCAUGUCCUUGGAUUUGGAUAUGUUGCCACACUAAAUUGAUUUGGCAUACAGUAUAUUCAACGCCCAAGUUAAAUUACCUUUGCCACAAUCUACACCUGCCACCACCGUUACCACCAACAAACAACAAC